CUACAUGGCCAAAGAGAUUUCGCAAUCAGCUCGUGUCCAUGUUGGAAACCAAAACAGCCCGAGCGCGCGGGGUCUUUUGGAACAAUUCAAGUGGAAACUUUAGCCCCAACCUUGUCAACUGCCAGCGCUUCUUCGCGCCGGUGUCGCCCCGUCAAGGUGCCCGUCUUCAGUCGCCGGUCAGCGGUCACCCAAAUGAGCCAGCCGCCGCAGCCUAAAGCCACGUCAUCGGACCACAACGGCGUCAGCGUCAUCCAGAGUCAGAGCCACGCCGCCAGCGCCGCCAGCGCCGCCAGCGCCCUGCUGCAGCAGGUACCUCAGCCGUCGCCGCUCAGCCAGGCGUCGUCCCCGGGCGCCGGCAAGGCCGCCCCCGGCAAGAUGAAGAAGGCGUCGGCGGACAAGGACAGUGACGAGUACCGUCAGCGGCGAGAGCGAAACAACCUGGCGGUGAAGAAGAGCCGCCAGCGCAGCAAGCAGAAAGCCAUGGACACGCAGCAGAGGGUCAACCAGCUCAAGGAGGAGAACGAACGUCUGGAGGCCAAAAUCAAACUGCUCAGCAAAGAACUGAGCGUGCUCAAGGACCUCUUCCUGGAACACGCCCACAACCUGGCCGACAACGUGCAGCCCCCCUCCGGGAACCCCGAGGCCAGCCCCGCCCCCAACAACCAGUGAGGCGGGGGGCGCCGACGCUCCCCUGCAGCCUGGCGCCGCCUUGGUCUGACGGGAACCAGACACUGGGACGGACGGGGUGGAGCGGAGCGUGACCUGCUGACGUGUCCCCUUUUCUCUUUUUUGCCAUUUACCAACACGUGACAGUGCAAGAAAGCGUUUGGUGACGCUCGCUCUUCCUCUCGCCUCGAUUCCGCUUUGCUGGCGGCGGCGGCGGCGGCUAACUCUUUGAGGUUGAUGGGCACGUUCAACUUGACGCCAGACUCUUGAUUCUGGACUCGAUGCUCUCCAUGCUUGAUUGUGGCUUUUGACUGAGUGUUUGGAAUUUGAUGGUGAACUCUUGACACAACUCUUGAUUGUGGCCACUUCUCCCUUGACUCAAUGUUCUGACUUCAGAGCCAAGACUUGACUGGCUCCGAAAUGUGCAUCGCCCGCCAUCCAAUGCUUGUCCAGGGUCUUUGUAAAUGAAUGAACAAUACGCCAAAAAUACGUUGACAUUGCUUUUGAGGAAAAAA